UCUUCAAAUAUUACUGGGUUCUAGUUUCCGGCUUGCAAGGAUGCCAACUUCCGGAGCGCUGUAGUUGAUCAUGUGAUCAAUUGGUCCAGAGUGGAGCGCACGAAUCUACGUCCCGUUUUCUCGCCUAAUUACAUCUCUACGGACUUCUGAUGGAAAUAAGUUCCUUCUCAAAGCUCCCCUUUAUUCAGAAGGCUGAGGUCAUCUUCGGCUAGUAUUCGUCUCGAAACUGGAAGUCACUGAAGACAAAGGUCAUGUCGUUGUCAAGUCCUACUUCAACAGCUGGCCAGCUGCACAAAUUAUGCCGUGAGGGGAAUGUGACUGAAAUCCGUCUAUUGCUUCGAGAAAUAUCCGAUGUCAGCAAAUUGGAUGAGCGUCUGGGUUUUCUGGGAUACACUCCACUUCAUGAGGCAACUAACUUGGGACAGACCAGUGUGGUUAGAUUAUUACUUCUGUUUGGUGCCAACCCAAAUGCAAGAGCCAAUGGAUUUUAUACACCUCUUCACAUUGCAGCAUCAAUGGAUAACUUGGACUGUGUGGAAGAACUUUUGAAAUAUAAUGCUGAUAUUACCAGCAAGGAUGAGUUUGAAAAAACUCCAUAUGAAACCGCUGUGAUUAAUAAUUGCAAGAGGACAGCUCGCGUCCUCAAAACUGAAGAGGUCAAGAAAGCAGCUAGAGAGAACAGUCCCAAGUUACGUGCAUUGCUGACGUUAAUUUCUCCCCAGGAUGUUUUACACUCAUGCUUUAAGGAGGCUCUCCUUGAGGCAUCAAGAGCAGGUCACCUCGACGCCAUUUGUUCUUUAGUCCUCUCAGGAGGGAGACAUUCUUUACACCUUAAAGACUGCAUUGUGCAAGCAUUACAGGGUCAUUUCUGUGAGGCAGCAGCCAUGUUGCUGGCAUGUUAUGCAGCAAAGCAUGAUAAAAAGAAGCUUCUAAAAUAUCUACUAAAGGAAGAAAUGAGCAGAGAGGAAGAGCAGAAGGCUAUUGCGGAAUUGCCAGCUGCAGUGGUGCCAACCGAGGAUGAUUUUGCCCGAAUAAGGGCAUGUAUUGCUGACAAAGAUUCAUUUCAUAUUGCAAUACCUAUUGGACUAGGAAUUCAACAACAACGAACAGAAGCUGUGGGAAUCAUUCUCUUCAAUACAAACUGCAAUGAGGCACAAAAAAGAAUUGAUUGGCCAAGACUUGCUCUUGGUGAUGUCAAUCCAUCUUGGUUGGAGAAAGUCACAUGGGUGGAAAAACUCUACUUAGCUUCAAAUCUGCUUCUAAGUGUACCAAAAAAUAUAAAGAUAUUAAAUAAACUGUACUGUUUGGACUUGAGAAGAAAUCAAUUAAAGAGUAUACCUGCCAGUUUGCUUGAAAUGCCAAAUUUACGAGAACUUAAGCUCUGCUUCAACAAAAUUGUCGAGCUGCCUAAGAGAUGUAAAUGGAGUCCAUCACUCAAGAUGCUCUAUUUGAGUGAUAAUCAACUGCAAACAUUACCUGGACGCAUGGCAGAAUCCAAGUUGUCAAUAUUGUACAUAGCAGGGAAUAAUUUGUAUGAAGUACCCCCAUGUAUUUGCAAAAUUACAACACUACAAUCACUGGACCUGUCUAGCAACCCAAGACUGACUCAGCUUCCACCACAAAUGGGAAGACUCACCAAUAUUGAGAUGCUCAAAUUGGAGAAUUUGGAUCAGCUGACAGAUCCCCCAGAAGAGAUCAAGAAAAAUGGUAUCAAAACCAUAAUGUAUCUUCGGAACAUCUUGCGCAGGUCAGAGGGGUAUUACACUUUGAAGCUGAUGUUGGUUGGUCGGGCUGAACAGGGAAAGACAACGUUGAAGCACCGACUGAUGAGGGACUAUAACUAUAAUGUCAACAACUCAACAAAUGGGAUUGCUAUGGACGAAUUCCGUUACAAUCGCAAAGAUUUUGGUCUCUUUUCGAUCCAUCCGGAAUUUGUGUUUAAGAUUUGGGAUUUUGGUGGCCAGGAGGAUUUUUAUACCACGCAUCAAUGUUUUCUUUCAACUCUGGCUCUGUACCUUCUGGUAUGGAAUCUGGAGGAAGGUGAAAGAGGAAUCGAGAUGCUUACGAGCUGGUUGGACACAAUUGCUGCCAGCGCUGCCAACACCAACCUCGUCAUUGUGGGAACACACCUGGAUAAGGUACGGAAAGAGAAGGAAAAGGGGUUCCCAGAGCGCAUGCGUGAACUUGUAUGGGAGCUGGUUUCUUUACCGAAGUACAAUCGAAUAAAUGUCAAGGGAAUAAAAGAAGUCAGCUGUGCUGUGGACAACAGAGAAGGCAUUGAUGACCUCAGAGUCACCAUUUACGAUGUUGCAAGGAGCCUUCUGAAGAGCGGCAGAGGACAGGUAUUCGUCAUGGGGGAAAAAAUCCCACAUAGUUUUCUGUCAGUGGCAGAUGUCAUUCAAACCAAGCGACAAGAGCUGCGGGAUAAUGGCUGCAUGCCAAUCUUGCACAAAUCCGAGUACGAGGCGCUUGUCCUGGACACCAUAAAGAACGACGAUUUGGAUAUUGAGGACACUAACGAUUUGACGGAAGUCACGCAGUUUAUGCACGAGAGAGGAAUUUUGAUGCACUACAAUGACCCAAAUCAAGAUCUUCAGGAUCUUUUCUUCAUUGAUCCCCAGUGGCUUUGCGAGUUGAUGGCACAAGUCGUGACGCUACCUGUAGUUAAUCCGUUCAUUCAUAACGGCGUCUUGAAGCUUGAAGAUCUACCUCAGAUUUUUAGAGGCGAGCAGUUUCCGCACGAAAACUCCCCGCAGUUCAUUCGCCUGUUGAAUCGUUUUCAGAUCGCUUGCUCCUUGGACGAAGGUCGCGUCCUCAUCCCUUCCAGAUUAUCGGCCCAACAACCGGAUGAAGCGACGAAUGAUGAUUUACCGUUCAUUACACUGAAGCGGCUCCAUUCGUUGCCAUACAUUCCACAUGGGUUUUGGUGUCGGCUCAUUUCGCGCCUGUUAUAUUACAUGAAAGACAUGCUGUCUAGCGGAGAAAACUUCAACCGCCAGGAAAACAACACCAGCCCGUUUCAGCUGGACCCCUUCUGCUGUCGGUGUCCUUUGACUGUGUAUGGUGUCCAAGAUGGUGGCCUGGUGGAAAGCGACUAUGAGGGGCAUACCUCCCCUUCUAUAAAUCCCGCACUCGGUGGAUCGCUCGAGAAUCUGCAAGGAUCUCUCAACGAUUUUCCCGGUAUCGUUCGAUUCUUUAGUGGUCAACGCAACGGAAAUUACAUCAACGGCAGAUUUUUCGCUUAUCCCGACAUGGAUGGCGGUAGCUCUCGGAGUGAUUCGGGGUUCGAAUACAGUUCGGAAGACGACGACGACGAAGCUCGCACCAGGUCGGCAGGUACUACUGAUCGGACAUUUCCUGGAUCAAGUUCCAGGGCUGGCCCAAGAAGAAACAGAAGAAUAUUUAAACAUGGCACUGAUCCAGGGAGACGAGGUCAAGAAGAUAAAAUUGUUGAUUUGGAUAGUGGAACUCCUAAAAGUGAUUCAAAUGUACCUAUCUUACGCCAAAAUUUUCGUUUAAGCACUUCAUGUCCGAGCUACGAAGACGGGUCUUGUGAUACGCUUACUUCCGAAGUAUCGUACACCAGCCCUGGAGUGCCGCAAGGUUCUUCCCCGGCUGACCACCGGCCAUCUGCCAACUGCAUGGCUGAAAAUGAUGAUGCGGAAAAUUUAUCUCGACGAGGGGAACCUACCGAUAUCGAAGCUAGUCAAGAUCUGAAGGAUAUCAGCAAGAGAGAAAGUCCCUCUGUAAAAAUCGACGGUUUUCUAGACGACAAAACAACUCAGCAUAGCAACAGUGAUGAUAGCGAUAGUGUUCCUUACCUCUCCGCUGGAUCCAGAUCGUGCACUCCAGACCAUACUCCUCGUGACCAAACCGACAACCAUCAGAACAGCUCCGAAUCAGAAGCGGCUGGGGAAAAUCCUGACCUAGGUCUUCAUCCUGUAGGUCGUACCCCUGAUGGCUUCGAUCAGAACUGUUCCUUGGCGACACCCGAUAAGAAAUCUAACAAUCCUUCCUUAACAGAUACUUGUGAAGUCCCUGAAAUAGGCCAACCCGACGAUAGCCUUGUUGCUGAUAACCCUGAACGGUUUCCGCAAUCGACAGAAAGUUAUUCAGAAGGACCACAUAAUCAGCAAGUUACUGUAGAGAAGGAAGUCGACGGAGAGAUCUCUUCCGCGUUAAACGGCCGUACAUCUGAUAAAGAAUCCAUCCUGGAGUCUUUUCAUAGGGGUUCAAGCCGAGGUUCUGGUGAAACUGGAGACGUAUCCAUGGAGAUACGGACUGUUGAUGACGACAAGGAGACAAGAGCCGGGAACCAUUUGUCUGACAGCACCGCCUGUGGUAUUCAGAUUGAAGCGGUUGAAAACGAGUUCGUGUCGCACUUAUCGUCGUACAGUUCUCCAAGUACAAGUUUUCAAUCCGCUGAUAUCGCGAUAGGAACACCGCAAAGGACUUCAUCUUUUGCUGCUUCUACACCUAAACAUCCUACAGAUGGCACCUCCGCAGAGAGCAGGGGUGACAAACCACGGAGUGAAACACUACACCUUCCCAACUGCCCGUUCGUGGAGGAGUUCCCCGUCAAUUGUCUACCGGAGUUACCGACAGAUCUGGCGACGCUGAUAGACGACAAUUUCCUUCACUGCUGGAAAUCUGGCGUUUGCCUUCGUCACCCACGGUUGUUCCUCCUGCUGCACUGUGUCCCUGACACCGGAUCUGAUCGACAGUUGAUUCGAACGGAAGUAAGCCCUUGCCGUCAAGGUCGGAGGGUUUUGAGUUUCGCGGUUGACCACAUCGACACGCUCAUUCGCGAAUGGUACCAAGAAUUAUCGACCACGGACGGACAGCAACCCAAAGUCAGGCAGCUUAUUCCCUGUAUGAUGUGUGAAAAACUCGGCCUUGCACCCUACAAGUUCACGUUUGCCGAAUGUCAGCGUCAAAGUGCAAAGUCAGACUUAAUCCGUUGUCCCAAUCACCCGAGCUGGGAAGUUGAUCUUCACCAGGUUGCACCUGAUAUAAUGUUACAUGACGUAGAUCCUGAUUUAUUGUUGUCGCACGAAGACGUUACAUAUGAGGACGCCGACUCGAGUAUUCUGGGAAGUGGAGGCUUUGGAAAGGUCGUUCGCGGGGAAUGUCGAGGACAAGCAGUCGCCAUCAAGUUCUACAUUCAAAGCGAUGAAUCCGAACCCUUAAGGCAUUACCGCGAGGCGCGCAAGGAAUUGAACGUGCUGCGUCGUGUACGACAGCAUCCUUACCUUAUCAACAUCAUCGGUGUAUCUUUGCGUCCCUUGUGCCUUGUGCUGGAACUAGCAGAGCGCGGUGCUCUCACCGAGAUCUUAUCCAGCCCAAAGUUGAUUGAUCGCAUUGUUCUCUUUCGGAUUGCAUAUCAAGUUGCAGACGCACUGAGAUUCCUUCAUGACAUGGGUGUCAUCUAUAGAGACUUAAAACCGGAAAACGUCCUUGUUUGGUCCUUGGAGGAACACGCUGAUCUUCACGUCAAGCUCAUUGAUUUUGGCACGGCGAACUUCGCGACUUCGACUGGUUUGAUUUCAUGCGCUGGAUCUCCCGGUAACCA